UGCACUGCACUUGCCAGCCGCCGCUUCACUUGAAUACUUGAAUAAUAAAUGCAGAACGCGAACCAAACCGCUGAAAACAGAGCUGCCGGGCCGCGAAUAAUGCCCCAGAAAGUGCCACAACACUCCCACUGACCGCCCCGACGACACUCGGCAAAUGCAACUGCACCUGCAAUACCUUUGCUCCGCGUGUGGAAAAAUGUAAACAAACGAGUGGAAAUCUUUAAAGUUAAUAAAUAAAUAAAAUAUCGAAAAAGCGCAAAGCUGGUGUUGUUGUUGUGCCGGCUGAAUAACUGCAGUUGUGUGAGUGUUACAUUCGCGUGUGUGUGUGUGUGUUUGUGUCUGUGUGAGGAAGCGCGCCUGUGUUGGUGGCAGACAACAAAAGAAUUUUCUGCCGCUCUUGCUCUUCUUCCUGUUCGUCCUCCUCCCCUUUUUCGCCUAGUUACCGUUACUUUCUGCACUGCCAAAAUAGAAGGGGAAAAGAGGAAGCUAAAGGAGAACCAAAUAAAUAGAGACUCUGACGAAUUUCUAGCAGUACAAAAAUCUAAUAAAGGUUGUCCGCAAAGUCAAUUAUAACCGAAAUAAAAGCACACACAACAAAGAUGGCCUUGAUAAGACUGGCAAGGCAACUGGGCCUGAUCGACACUAUAUAUGUGGAUGGAGCCCGCCCAGAUCCGGCCAACGAUCCCGAGGACUCUUUGAACGAAGCAGAAAUCACAGCUGCCGCCAGCACAGUGCCUGCUAAGGGCAAAAAGUCAAGGAAGUCCAAGCAACUGGCCAUGCAGCCCUAUACCUAUGUGAUUGCCGUGGACUUUGAGGCCACCUGCUGGGAGAAGCAGGCGCCACCGCAGUGGCGAGAGGCGGAGAUUAUAGAAUUCCCAGCUGUGCUGGUCAACCUUAAGACUGGCAAAAUCGAGGCCGAGUUCCACAAGUACAUCAUGCCCAUUGAGUCGCCGCGCCUGAGCAGCUACUGCACCGAGCUGACGGGCAUUCAGCAAAAGACCGUGGACACUGGUGUACCCCUACAGACGGCUCUAAUGAUGUUCCACGAGUGGCUGCGCAAGGAGCUCCGUUCCCGCCAGCUCAGCUUGCCGAAGAUGAGCAAAUCCAACAUUUUGGGCAACUGUGCCUUUGUCACCUGGACGGACUGGGACUUUGGCAUCUGCCUGGCCAAGGAGUGCACACGGAAGCGGAUGCGUAAGGCGGCCUACUUCAAUCAGUGGAUCGAUGUGCGGGCCAUAUACAGGUCGUGGUACAAGUACCGUCCGUGCAACUUUAGCGAUGCCCUCGCCCAUGUGGGCCUGGCCUUCGAGGGCAGGGCCCACUCGGGCAUCGACGAUGCCAAGAAUCUGGGCGCUCUCAUGUGCAAGAUGGUGCGCGACGGAGCGCUCUUCUCGAUCACCAAAGAUCUGACGCCAUAUCAGCAGCUCAAUCCCAACUGCCUCAUGUGAGGCAGGGGAGUGCCGCCGCCAUCCCUCCAAGAAAGAAAUGAAGUUGAUAUUGGAACUACAGAAUAUUGCAUGAAAAUUUAAUGUUUUUGUUUGUUUUUCUUUUCCUCCCCAUAUUAUAACGGCAAUUGAUAAGACUUGAACAAUUCGAAGCAUCGAUCAGCGAUCAUAUAAAUAUAUAUAUAUAGAAAUAGCUGUAGCUAUAUGGCCUUAGAGCAUACAUAUUUUUCUACCAUUCAUACUUACUUGAUAAUGCCUAGAUUGUAGUCUCUAAAGUACGGAAUGCAAUACUUAUUUUAACGACUUACACCGCCUACCAUUUAGGAACUAAUAAAAACUAAAAACCAUGAAUAAAUGAAUAAAAAACAGAGCUAAAAA